UUAAAAACUAUAUCUAAAUCUACAUUUUCGUCGAACGAUGAUGAAGUAUUGGUGAAAGAAGUUGAGAAGCAAUCCGUAUUGUAUGAUAGCUCCCACGAAAAACAUAAAGAUAUUAUAUAUAAAGACGUGAUUUGGAACAAUAUAUCAUGUAUAGUUGGAAAAUCAACAGAAGAUUGCAAAAAAAGAUGGCGUAAUAUUCGCGAUACAUAUAUGAGGAAUAAAAAAAAGUUAGGAACAGGAUCAGCAGCUACUUUAGCUAAAAAGAAAUGGCCUUUAGCUGGACAUGUUGCAUUUUUAGAUCACGUCGAAUAUCAACGGAAUACGACAACAAAUGUAUCGAAUGAUAUUUCGAUGGGAAAUUCGAUGUUAUCGGAAGAUAAAGACGAUUCAAAUACUGAAAAACUAUUCAAUGAACCAGUUAUAGUGAGCAACGAGGCUACGCAUGUGGAAAAACGACCGAGAACCAAACCUGAAAAGUUUGAUUACGUAAAAAGAGCUAUGGAACGAACAGCUAUAAUAAAUAGCAUACAAACUCAAAAUCAAGCCAUUUUAAAUAGAGAAGCUGAUGAUGAAAUAGAUUUCUUUUUUAAAAGUAUGGCAAUAUCAGUAAAAAAACUUCCAGCUAAAGGCAAAACAGAGGCUAAAUUACAAAUACUCACAUUAGUGUCACAAUUAGAACAGAAAUAUUUAGAGCCGACUGCGCAACCGACUCAAGUUUUGUUUCAGAUUCCCUCUCAGCAAAAUCAUAGCCUUCUGUCUCUUUCGAGUUCACCAUCGCUAUGUCCUAGUACUUCAUCAGGCGCUUCGCAAGGAUUUGAAUCAUAUAAUAUGUCGACAGCAUAUGGUAACAAUUAUAAUUAUAAUAAUAACUAA